AUGACUGUCAAGGUUUUCUUCGACUGCGAGUGGGAGGGCCCCGAGGUCCAGGUCGACGCCAAGGGCAACGUCACCUCCACCGGCGCCGUCAAGGAGCAGUCCGGUCGCAUCAACUUCGAUCUCUUCGACGAUGUCGUCCCCAAGACCGCCGAGAACUUCCGCGCCCUGUGCACUGGCGAGAAGGGCUUCGGCUACCAGGGCUCCAAGUUCCACCGCGUGAUCCCCCAGUUCAUGCUCCAGGGUGGUGACUUCACCCGCGGCAACGGCACCGGCGGCAAGUCCAUCUACGGCGAGAAGUUCGCCGAUGAGAACUUCAAGCUCCAGCACCAGAAGCCCUUCCUCCUGUCGAUGGCUAACGCUGGCCCCAACACCAACGGCUCGCAGUUCUUCGUCACCACCGUCGUCACCUCGUGGCUCGACGGCAAGCACGUCGUCUUCGGCACCGUCCCCGAGGGUGACGUCGAGUCGUACAGGGUCGUCAAGGCCAUCGAGGCCUGCGGCAGCGGCUCUGGCGCCAUCAAGUACAAGAAGGCCCCCACCAUCGUCAAGUCUGGCCAGCUGUAA